AGAUCCGGUCCCCCCGCACCGCAGCCGAUUUCUCGCCAUGACGCUGAGACGUCGAUCCGCACUCGCCUUCGUGGUGGUGGCAGGGCUCGGCGCAGCGCCAGGCUUCUUGGGAAGCUCUUGCGCAGCAAAUUUUCAAGCUGAUUUUCCAGCUCGCCAGGCUUCCGCUCUUGCGGGCAGAUUCGGCGAGCCCAGGAAGCCGGAGGCGCUGGGGAAUCCACUUGGAUCGCUCUUUUCAUGUGCGAAACCGCCCAUUCAUUGCGCCAGGAUGUCUGCCUAUUUUAGCGAGCUAUCCUGGGGGUAUAACGAGCUCUCCAUGAUAAAGGUCCUCUAGUCUACUGUGGGAUCCCUUAAUUCAGCUUUUGGAAUUCUAGCACACUUUGCCGAGAUUUUGAUGACCACUGUUCCGGUAGGUUCAUCCGCACUUGAAAUCGGCGUGCAACCGCUGGCCAAGGUUUUCAUGAAGGCUGGUGCGGAGGAAGAAGGUCUUCUUUCGGCGGUGAAGUCGGGGAACAAGGAUCGGGUCACAAAGGCCAUCGAGGCACUCCCUGCCCCGGCGAAAUCUGCCAUGUCGAAGAUCGACGGCGACUGGCAGGUCACCUGGGACAGCAACAGCUUGGGUCCCACCAAAAAGACCCUCCUGCGGCUGGUGUGCGACCAGCUGCCCAACACCAUGGUGGAGUUCUACCGGCAGUACAACCUCAUUCAGGAUGGGAAGUACUACUGGCUGAUGGCCUUCAUCAUGGAUGGCAUCCAGAGGACCAAUGCAGCCCUGAUGAUGUCUGGCCCCUUCAAGCCAGCAAAAUCUGGUGCUUCAGGCACCGUCGACUUCAAGGAGGUCCAGAUCGUGCCCUCCCGUCACGGCUCUGCGGAGAGCCGAGAGGCCAUCAGGUCUACGGGGCUGGACAGAUAUAUGAAGCCGAUGAAGCUCAAGGGUGACGGCCCGGUGGGGGUGACGUUCAAGCACGUCAGCGAUGAGACCAUGGUCCAGGAGGACGAAGUGGGAAGUGUGUAUGUCUUCAAGAGAAUGGAGUCUGACUCCUACCCCAUCCCUUAUAUCUUUGCGGACAAGAAGGCGGAGAGCUGAGCCGAACGUCCAAUGUUUUCUUAGAGACCAAAUUCAAAGCGCGCGAGGGAAGCGUGAUCGAGAGAGAAUGGGAAGAAAGUGUCAGGAGAGGAGAGUGGAAAGAGUGUCAACGAGAUGCAGGGCAGCCUAUGGCAGCCUUGCGCAUCACCGGAAGCAUGAGAAAGAACGGUCG